ACAAUUUUAAAAAUUUUCCUUUAAGAAAUGAGUUUAAAUUUCAGUGUUUUUAUCUGCUUUAUUUGUUAAUAAAAAUAGGUCAAUUAAAGCUUGCUAUUUUUAAAUGCAAAAAGACAAAGUUCGCUUUUCUGAGUGUUUUCAUGUACGAUGCCCAACUAAUAAGGUUAGCAACGUGUAAACAGUCAUUACGUGAGUGGCUCUGUGUUGUCUGGCCAGUGGGUUCGGUGGCACAAGGAGCAAGAAACCAAUUAUUUGCCGACGGAGCGGAGUAGCAGUUAGCAGUUAGCAGUUGGCCAGCCGGAGGGCAAGCAAUUUGUAAGGAAAUGAAGCGCAAGCAGGGGAACCGGAAAAUGUGCUGCAGUUGAAAGGCGAAAGGGUAAACAAAAGAUCAAAUUAAUAGCCGCACAGCAUCGAUAUCGAAACCGGGAUGGCAUGGAUGGAGGGGGGCAAAUACAGCUGUGUGUGUUGCAACAUCUUGCAGUGGGCAAACAUUGAAACAGGUGCUAUGGCUUAGAGUUCCAAGUUCCAGUGAAUCUAGACAGUAUAAAAAACCGGAGGUGACACCUCGAAAGCAUCACAACCACUUCCGGCCUUCCACAAGCAACAGUUCGUCUGCAAGCCACAAUAUGUCAGCUAAAUAUACCCUGAUCUUUGCCCUGGCGGCCCUCUGCUGCCUGGUGGUCUCCACCGAAGCGGCGGCCCAGCGCAGCCGAGUCCUCAGCUCUCGCCGUGGCUCCGAGCUGGUCGAGAAGACCUCGGACAACCAGGAGGAGCUCGAGCUGGCCGCCCAGGAGCAAGAGCUGCAGCGCCAGGAGCAGGAGGAGCAGAAUGACAAGCUGGAGGGACGCAGUGAUGACGUUGCCGCGGGCACCGAUAACAAACAGGACAAGGAGACCGCCACCAACAAGAAGGACACCAUCGUGAAGCCCAACAAGGACGAUGCCCGUGCCCGCCGCAUCGUUCGUGCCGGUCGUCGUCGUGGUGGACGCCGAGGUGGUCGUCGUGGUGGCCGCCGAUCCGGGCGCCGUGGAGGACGACGAGGUGGACGUAGGCGCGGUGGACGACGUGGUCGUGCCGGUGCUCGCCGUCGCACCUCCAUCAAGAGGCGUUCCGGCAAGGGCAACAAGGCCUAAGAAAUUCCCCUAACAGAUAUAAGACUAACCCGCCUG